GCCUCGCGCAACGUCGCGCGCGGGCGGUUUCGCUGAGUCCCGAAGAGGCGGUCAAAGAGACUAGGCACAAAAGCAGCGGCGCGUCCACCCCCGCCCCCUCCCCCGGCGCCCCCCGCCCGGCUAUGCGGCUGCCGCCUUCUCCAACCUGCUGAGCGGCGCCUUCGAUGCAACAUGUUUGAGAAAACUUGAUGAUAGUAUCUUUCAAAUGAAACACCAUCUAAGAGUAUGCCUUUAGAAUAUUCCGCUCUUUAUUCUUGGAAGAUGGGAGAAAAAGAUGAUGACAAAUGUAGUCAAGCUGGCCAUUUAUUUGAAAACUUUGUGCAAGCCUCAACCUGCAAAGGUACCAUUCAGGCUUUUAAUAUCCUCAUUCGUCAACUUGAGCUGGAUCCUUUGGACAACAGGAGCUUUUAUACAAAACUUAAAUCAAAAGUGACUAGUUGGAAGGCCAAAGCUUUAUGGAACAAAAUAGAUAAAAGAGCAAAUCAUAAGGAAUAUAAGCGUGGAAAAUCUUGUAUAGGCACUAAGUGCUUGAUUGUUGGAGGUGGCCCCUGUGGCUUGCGGACUGCCAUAGAACUUGCCUUCCUAGGAGUCAAAGUUGUUGUUGUGGAGAAGCGAGACACUUUUUCAAGAAACAAUGUGCUUCAUCUUUGGCCUUUUACUAUUCAUGACCUUCGAAGUCUGGGAGCCAAAAAGUUUUACGGAAAGUUUUGUGCAGGAUCCAUAGAUCAUAUUAGUAUUAGACAGCUUCAGCUCAUUCUUUUCAAAGUUGCACUGAUGUUGGGAGUGGAAAUUCAUGUGAAUUUAGAAUUUGUGAAAGUUCUGGAACCUCCUGAAGAUCAAGAAAAUCAAAAAAUAGGCUGGCGGGCUGAAUUUCUUCCAAUGGAUCAUCCUUUGUCAGAAUGUGAAUUCGAUGUCAUUAUUGGUGCUGAUGGCCGCAGAAACACUUUGGGAGGCUUUAGGAGGAAAGAAUUCCGUGGGAAACUGGCUAUUGCUAUUACUGCCAACUUUAUAAACAGAAAUACAACUGCGGAAGCUAAGGUGGAAGAGAUCAGUGGAGUUGCUUUCAUCUUUAAUCAAAAAUUCUUCCAAGAUCUGAAAGAAGAAACAGGAAUUGAUUUGGAGAAUAUUGUCUACUACAAGGACAACACUCACUAUUUUGUGAUGACUGCAAAAAAACAGAGUCUUCUUGAAAAGGGAGUGAUUAUUAAUGAUUACAUUGAUACUGAAAUGCUUCUGUGUGUGGAAAAUGUAAACCAAGAUAAUCUGCUGUCCUAUGCAAGAGAAGCUGCUGAUUUUGCCACUGAUUACCAACUGCCUGCCUUGGAUUUUGCAAUUAAUCAUUACGGACAACCAGAUGUGGCGAUGUUUGAUUUUACUUCCAUGUAUGCCUCUGAAAAUGCUGCAUUAAUACGAGAGAGGCACAGACAUCAACUGCUGGUUGCUCUUGUUGGAGACAGUUUACUAGAGCCAUUCUGGCCAAUGGGUACUGGCUGUGCAAGAGGGUUCCUGGCUGCAUUUGACACGGCGUGGAUGGUGAGAAGUUGGGCACAAGGAAAGCUCCCACUUGACAUCCUUGCAGAAAGAGAAAGCAUUUAUAGACUUUUACCUCAGACAACACCAGAAAAUCUCACUAAGAAUUUUGACCAGUACACCAUUGAUCCUGCAACACGUUACCCAAACUUGAAUUCAAGCUGUGUUCGACCUCUUCAGGUGAAGCACUUAUAUAUUACAAAUGAGCUACAGCAGUGUCCUCUUGAAAGAGCGAGCUCCAUUAGAAGAUCAGUUGGUUUUUCCAGACAUGAAUCUGACAUUAGACCAAACAAACUUUUAACCUGGUGUCAGAAACAGACAGAAGGAUAUAGGAAUGUUAGUGUCACAGAUCUCUCUACUUCAUGGAGAAGUGGCCUUGCUUUGUGUGCAAUUAUGCAUCGCUUCAAACCUGACCUCAUUGACUUUGAUUCUCUGAAUGAAGAAGAUGCUAUCAAAAAUAACCAGUUGGCAUUUGACACUGCUGAACGCGAGUUUGGAAUUCCUCCCAUCACUACUGGGAAAGAGAUAGUGUCUGCUGGAGAACCUGAUAAACUUACUAUGGUUAUGUACCUCUCAAAAUUCUAUGAACUAUUUAGGGGAACACCUUUGAGAACAGUUGAUGCUGCUGACAAACAGAAUGGAGAAAAAAGUGAUCUUUGUUCAGCAAAAUCAUCAAAGUUCAUCUCUAAUAAUUACAACAAUCUAACAUUUCCAAGGAAGAGAAUACCUAAAGCUGAAAGAAAUGCAGACGAAAAUGAAAUGAAUAAAAAGAGGCGUAAAAGUCUCAUCAAUUUUGAAGAGUCUUCAAGUUUUUUGAACCAGAGAAUAAAUCCAGAGAACCAACUUGGGGAUGCGAAAGAAAUAGUUAAUCGAAACAAAGUGAAGUCCAUGGCAUCUCAGCUCUUAGCCAAGUUUGAGGAAAACGCUCCCAGUGUGUCACUACGGAGGCAGGAGCUAGUAGAUAAACCAGCUUCUGACCCUGCUGUAAAUCCUCGCUUUGCUAAACCAACGUGUAGCCCUCCAUCUCCACCAAAAAGGCAGUUUCAGGCAGUAGCUAGGGCUGAACAUACCAUCAGGGAUCCCACACAAUCUUUGUCUGGAGCUGGGCCAGUGCCUAGGCAUUCGAGAUAUAUAGAACAAACUGCUUUGAAGUCCAGCCUUUCUGACUCCCUUGCAUCUUCCUGUCCCGCUGCAUUUGCACUGUCUGGUGUGCUUCAACGCCUUCAACAUGUGGAGGAAAAAUUUAAUCAGAAGAAAGCUCAAUCCAUAGCAAAUAGAGAGUUUCAUAAAAAGAACAUUAAAGAAAAAGCAGCUCAUCUUGCAUCCAUGUUUGGAUAUGUCGACAUCCCCAAGAAUAAACUUCCUACUAAAGGUCUCUCCCAUUCUCAGCCCCCACCUCCCUCUUGCCUUUCAUCUCAUGACUCAACUGCUUCCUCUUCAUCAUCUAUUGACUCAGGUUCCCCAGCUGUUCAUUCUAAAAAGAUGACUGUAGGGAAGGUUUCGAGUGGAAUAGGUGCUGUGGCAGAAGUUCUUGUCAAUCUGUACAUGAACGAUCACAGACCCAAACCUCUGCCUGUCUGUUUGCAAAUGAACCAACCGGCGGAUGAAGCUGAUGCUGUUUCUUUUCCUGAUUCUUCUUCUACUUCUCAAGUUUUUCCUUCCAUUGCACAGAGCUGUCAGAGUUCUCUGAAGAAAGAAUUUCCCCAAUCAAUGGGUGGGAGUGACAUCUGCUGUUUCUGCAAGAAAAGGGUAUAUGUCAUGGAGCGACUGAGUGCUGAAGGCCACUUUUUCCAUAGGGAAUGUUUCAAGUGUACCGCAUGUUCUUCUACUCUCCGUCUAGCAAUGUAUACUUUUGAUGCAGAGGAAGAUAAAUUUUAUUGCAAGAUUCACUUUGCACAAUAUAAAACAAAUAACAAGCACAAAAAGAGGAGAGCUAUGUUAAAGACACAUGAAAAGGCGCAAGUGGAAUCAUGGAGGGAAGAGGAACCCAUGUCUGCAGAAACCACCACAGAAUGUACUUUUGCUGCCAAAAGCAGCCCAGAGGCCCAACCACCAGGUAUCCUGACUUCAUUCUUUAGGAAAACUCUGAGCUGGCCUCUUAGGGUGACAAGGGAUCUGCUUGACCUUCCAAGACGCCUCUCUAACUGGAUGCAUGGUUUUCUGCACUCUACUGGUCUUCAUUUCAGGGACAAUGCAUACAACUAUUCCUACUUGUAUGAACUCCUAAGCUUUAGUGUGCCAUUCCUGUGUGCACUUCAAGAGUUACUUGGCCAUAUUUACCAAGAUGUGGAACUAUCAUGUGAAAAUGUACUUGACAUGGUGAAAAAAUUCUUUAGGAUUUGAAUUUUUUUCUGGAGCUCUGUUGUGCCUUUCAGUUUUCCAAAACAAUCAGCCUUCUGAUUAUACUUGCACAUUACAAUUCAGUAUGUGCUUUUAAAUGAGUCUAAAAUUCCAUUUGAUAAAUAUGAUAGAUAUAUUUUAGACUUUUGUUAUAUGAAGGUCAGUGUCCAGAUACAUUUCUAGACUGUAGAGCCGACAUUUCUAGACUGUAGAGCCGACAUGAAGGAUUAGUUUUAUAGUUUUUCGUCAUUUUAUUUCCCAUUACAAUAAGAUUUUUAUAUUUGUUUGUUUACAAUCUUAUAUUAGACUGUGAAAGAAAGCUCUUUCAUACAUUUCCAAGUUAGCAGAAAGACUGGUUUUUGAAACCUGAAUAUGGCACAUUCUUUAUUUUUCCCUUCCUCCUUUGCUUUACCUAUGCUAUGGGGCUACAAAAUAUGUUUACUUGUGUAACUUUUUUUAAAACAAUGAAAAGUAUUUCAAGUAAUAAUUUUUUUGAUUUUCCUUUGGGAUAUCCUUUGUAAACACAGAGGCCUAUAUUGUCAUAUUAAUGAAUAAAAUCAAAGAGCAAAUCUUAGUUGAGUUGACAGUUACUUAAAGCAGGUAGAUUACGGUAAUAUUUAUUAAAUAGCCUAUAUUUAUUUUCCUAAAUUAUCAAUUAUACUAGUAGAAUUCAUAUACCUGACUGCAUAUUUCUACUUCUAUGAUAACUUUUAAAAUCCUGUGAUUAACCUUCACUCAGAUCAGCUCCUUUUGUAAAUUUUAUACUGAAAUAAUUAAUAUAUUAAAUUAAUUCAGACAGAGACAUGUAACAUGAAAGAUUUUGAAACAGACUUGAUAGUUUACUUAUGAGAUAAGUUUAGGCACUGGUGAAAUUGUAGAGCCUGUGACAGGUAAUAACUAAUUUUGGGUACUGACACCUGCUUGGAUUUUUCUGUAGAAAGUGUAAUAUUGUACAUGGUGUUGUUAAAAGGCAUAUCUGACUUUAAUCAGAAGUAUGUGAAAUCAUAGCAUUUAGGGGUUAUUUUGGUUUUGGUUUUUUGGAAGCCUGGUAAGGAUUUCCAGGAGGUUAAUGAGAUAUUCCUAAACAGAAAGCAGUUCAGUAGUUGUCACUCAUGAGUGAUUUUUAGCCAGUAUUAAAGAAUUCUUGAUAAUUGGAGGUACUGUACAUUUCAUUGUAUCCAAAUAUGAGUUCUUAUUUCAGUAAUUUUAAAGAGAUGGUACAGAAAGAAAUGAGGAGGAGUAUACACAUAUUGCAGCAUUGUUGUUGUUUCUCCAUGCAGAGGGUAGCAUGGUGAACUUGCACACAGUGGGGCAUUCUGAUGAACAGCCCCCUUGUGCCACUUGACAAGCUGUUAUUUCAGGUCAUAACUUUCAGAAGCACACAAGGCAGGAGAGCUGCUGUGAGAAAACCUAUGAAAAACCCCACAGUCUAUUUACAACUGGCUGCACACCCUUUAAGAUGUUCCUAAAGUGUCACAACAGUUAAUUUUUGUGAAACUAUUUUGCCUUUGAUGAAGAAAAUAAGGGUUGGUACAUGGUACGCUAGAGUUUCCUCUGGAUUUUCAGUUGUAUUGUGAAUUUUAUUUGAGUUGUGAACAAGCUAAAAACAUUAGGCACUUGGGUUCCAUACAACUGAGUGCAUAUGCCUUGGUAGAUAAAAGUCCUGUGAUGAAGAAGCAUGUACCUCUUCAGUUUAUACUUUAUAGGGGUUGUCCUCAAUCAUUCUUUCAUACAUUAGGUUGUUGUUGUUAAGAAUGACAUAUCAUUCCAUCUUGCACCUUAAUCUUAAGCACACUUAUUUGGAAUGAGGCCACAUACAUUUCCUUGGCACUUGAAGAUCUGAUACUAGCUCAACACACUUACUUGAAAUAAGUUAUUUUUAAAUGAACAGUUGCAGUGGAUCUCCUAAAGGAUUAUAUCAUUAUCAAGAACUUGUUUACAUGCAAGACUGUUUAUAGACCUAAUGGGGACAACAGAUUAUAUUUAAUAUUAUUGUUUUUUUAAUAUCAUCUAUUUCUUCUGAUUUUAAGUUAAACUUAAACAUGAUCUAUUUCAUAGUCCACUUGGCACAUUUUGUUUAUAUACUGCAUUCAGUUUUUUGCACAUCAAGUAACUGCUCGGGAGGAGGGGAAGGAGACAGAAUUUUGAAUUCGUGACUGCACACCAAAUGUUUGUGUAACCCAUCCUGGUGGAAGUUUUAGAGGUUUCAAAUGUGGAAGCAAUGGGAAACACAAGUGCCUUGCACAUCAUGUUUUACCUUAGAUUUAAAAUGCCCAAGCCUUAUCCAGAUUUUUUUAAAAAAUGAGGACCUUCCUCUUUCAAAUUUUCAAGGAUACAAUUGUCCAAACAAAAAUCUGGAUUCUACCUGAAAUUGGUAGAUAUCCUGUGCAAAGAUAUCCUGAAACAAAUGGAAAUAUUGUUUACUUGACCCAUAGCAACGUGACUGUUAAAAUGCAUGUAGUUUGGAUAAUUGAGUUUCAAAUAAUGUAAAUUUUACUGUAACUGUUACUGAAAUUUGACUUGAACUUAGCAGAUAUGGCGAAUAUCCCUUGUUCAUCAAUGAAGGAAGGUUGCUUUAUUUUCUUCUUACUUUAAUGUCAGUAUGUGUCUCUUAAGCUUUUUCUUUGUAUAAUCUUCUUCCAAUCUUUUAUGUUGUCUUUAGUUCAUUUCAACAUUCCAGUGCUGCACCCAUUCAUUGACUGAAACUUUC